AGGAAGGUUUAAAGGUGGUUUACAGAGGCAGCAGGACAAUCUUUGCUUGGAAUGCUGAAGGUCAAUGCUACUUGCUACCCUAAGGAAGAAAAUAAAAUAAUAACGUUGACCAAGAUAAAGCUGAAAAACGCACAUCGAACUUCAUGUCCCAGUGUAUUUUGCGCCACCAGCCAGGCAAUGCUCCUACCGCGCCUGCGCCCUGCUCAGCCGGUAACUCGCCUUGGACAAGCAGAGGACGCGGCCAGCACUCCCGCCACUGUUGCCGCUAAGGUGCAGGCAAAAAUGUGGGUUUUUGGUUACGGGUCCCUGAUCUGGAAGGUGGAUUUCCCAUAUCAGGACAAGCUGAUCGGAUACAUCACAGGCUACAGCAGGCGCUUCUGGCAAGGCAGUACAGACCACCGCGGAGUCCCCGGCAAGCCUGGAAGAGUUGUGACUCUUGUUGAAGACCCUGGGGGUUGUGUAUGGGGUGUUGCUUACAAACUGCCAGUAGGAAAGGAAGAAGAAGUGAAAGCAUACCUUGACUUCAGAGAGAAAGGAGGCUAUAGGACCACGACAGUCACUUUUUACCCAAAAGAUCCCACUGCAAAACCAUUCAGAGUGCUGCUAUAUAUUGGAACAUGUGAUAAUCCUAAUUAUCUUGGUCCUGCACCUCUGGAAGACAUUGCUGAACAAAUUUUUAAUGCAGCUGGUCCAAGUGGAAGAAAUACAGAAUAUCUUUUUGAACUUGCAAAUUCUAUUAGGAAUCUUGUGCCAGAAGAAGCAGAUGAGCAUCUUUUCUCUUUGGAAAAAUUAGUAAAAGAACGUUUAGAAGGAAAACAGAACCUCAAUUGCUUAUAAAGACCUGAUCAUUGAUUUUUCCAAAGAAGCAGAACUUUUAGUCUUCAGAGAAUAGUUUCACUGUACAAUGACAAUAUGAUUUGGAAACAUAUUUACUUGGAAGAUCUCAUUUAUUUUUAAUGUUGCAGUCAAGAUAUUACAAUUUGUAGUUUAAUUGCAAAUGUCCUGAAACACAUAUGUAUUCAAAAUAUUAGGGUAUAGUUAAAGAAAAAAUUCAAGUUUUAAUAAUAUAAUGAUUCCCUAACUACAUGAAAAUGAACACUUGUAAGAAGUGAGUUCUUUAAAAAACAAAUACAAUGAAAGACUCAGUUUACAGCUUGUUUUUUUAUCAGAGUAAAAACAAUUUUGUUGUUUCAUAUCACAGUACUAUUUUGAAGUUAUAGAGAAUUACACUAAAAUUGGUCCAGGACAUCCAAUAAGGUAUACAUUUAAUAUAUUCCUAUGCAAUAACUCUGUAACCAUGGUUUAAAAAUAUAUAAGCUUAAAAUAAUGUAUAGUUAGAAAUAUAUAGUAAUAUAGAUAAGAUUUCAGUCUUAAUUAUUGUUGUGAGAUUUCAGUCUUGAUUGUGAAUUCCUCGUUGAGGUAUUAAGUAAUACCCUUUCCAAUUUAAGCCAAAAAAUUAGCAUUUUUAAUACAAAAAAUUCCUUGGAAUUAUAAUGUACUGUACCUCUCCUUUUUGAAUAAAUGCAUUUUACUACACAGAAAAAACUCAUUCAGCUAAAAAAGCACAAGUUACAUAACAUAAAUCCACUAGCAAUGUAGUCUGUCAUUUACUUUGUAUUAAUCUUAUACUGAAACUUUUUUUAAAGAUGGGUUUUCUUUUUUCUUUCUUUUUUUGAGGGGGUUCUGAUAUGACAAAUUAACAAACAUAUAAAGUGAAGGUCUGGUGUUUGAAAUG